AUGUUCUCAAAGGAGAACGCUGGGACCGAAUGUUAUAGGCACAGCUACUGGAACGGGAAACUUACAGCUCGAGAAAGAAUCCAUGUAUUUUGUGACGAAGGUAGCUUUAUUGAAACUGAUAUGUUCAUGGAACACUCCUGUACAGACUUUGGGAUUGAAUCAAUGAAGUUUCCUUCCGAUUCGGUAGUAACGGGCCAUGGCUUAGUCAAUGGACGACUGGUAUACAUUUUUAGUCAAGAUUUUACAGUGUUUGGUGGGAGUUUAUCAACCACCCACGCUAAAAAAAUAUGUAAGGUAAUGGAUCAAGCAAUGUUGGUUGGAGCGCCUGUUGUUGGAUUGAACGAUUCUGGAGGGGCAAGAAUACAAGAAGGAGUUGAUUCCUUGGCUGGUUAUGCUGAUAUAUUUCAGGAAAUGUUUUGGCAUCUGGAAAUACAAGAAGGAGUUGAUUCCUUGGCUGGUUAUGCUGAUAUAUUUCAGAGAAAUGUUUUGGCAUCUGGAGUAAUACCACAGAUUUCUGUUAUUAUGGGUCCAUGUGCUGGAGGUGCAGUGUAUUCACCAGCGAUGACAGACUUCAUUUUCAUGGUAGAGGAUACGUCCUACCUUUUCGUUACAGGUCCAGAAGUUGUGAAGUCUGUAACGAAUGAAGUGGUAACUCAAGAGGAACUAGGAGGAGCGAAAACGCAUACCACAGUUUCAGGUGUCGCUCACAACUCUUACGCAAAUGAUGUAGAAGCUCUUUUACAGUCAAGAAAUUUUAUGAGUUUUUUACCACAAUCAAAUAACGAAUCUGCACCGAUACGAGUUUGUGAAGAUUCCUGUGACAACUCUAAAGUUUUGGAGACAAUAAUACCAUCGAAUUCAAACUUACCUUAUGACAUGCUGGAUGUGGUGUAUGGCAUCGUGGAUGAAAGGGAUUUUUUCGAAAUAAUGCCACAAUAUGCGAAAAAUAUAAUAAUUGGAUUUGGACGAAUGAAUGGAAAAACUGUUGGCAUAGUUGGAAACCAACCUAAAGUUGCAGCUGUUUACUGUUCUGUAACGAAUGAAGUGGUAACUCAAGAGGAACUAGGAGGAGCGAAAACGCAUACCACAGUUUCAGGUGUCGCUCACAACUCUUACGCAAAUGAUGUAGAAGCUCUUUUACAGUCAAGAAAUUUUAUGAGUUUUUUACCACAAUCAAAUAACGAAUCUGCACCGAUACGAGUUUGUGAAGAUUCCUGUGACAACUCUAAAGUUUUGGAGACAAUAAUACCAUCGAAUUCAAACUUACCUUAUGACAUGCUGGAUGUGGUGUAUGGCAUCGUGGAUGAAAGGGAUUUUUUCGAAAUAAUGCCACAAUAUGCGAAAAAUAUAAUAAUUGGAUUUGGACGAAUGAAUGGAAAAACUGUUGGCAUAGUUGGAAACCAACCUAAAGUUGCAGCUGGUUGUUUGGAUAUCAACGCCUCCACUAAAGCAGCGCGAUUUGUGAGAUUCUGUGAUGCUUUCAAUAUUCCACUUAUUACAUUCGUAGAUGUUCCAGGGUUCCUUCCAGGUACCAAUCAAGAAUACAAUGGCAUAAUUAGACACGGGGCAAAACUUCUCUAUGCAUACGCUGAAGCAACUGUACCUAAGCUAACAGUUAUUACGAGAAAGGGUUACGGAGGUGCUUAUGAUGUAAUGGCUUCUAAACAUCUCCGAGGUGAUGUAAACUAUGCAUGGCCGACCGCUGAAAUUGCAGUAAUGGGAGCUAAAGGAGCUGUUUCGAUCUUAUACAAAGGCAAAUCUAACCAACAAAAAUACGAAGAAGAAUAUAUCGAAAAAUUUGGGAAUCCUUUCCCAGCUGCAAUACGUGGUAAGGAGAGUUUAAUAUUAAAAUUUAAGAAAUUUAAGUAA